UCCGGUUUCUGCACUGUGCAACUAUUACAGUUGCAUUUUUAAUUAACGAUGCCAAGUACUUGUUGUUGUGUACCUGGAUGUCAUUUAAGAGGAGGACAUGCAUUUCCAAAUGACUUAAAAAGAAGGAAAAGUUGGAUCAACGCCAUGGCCCAUACGCAGAUUGGACGAGAACACGAUGAAAUCGUGGAGUCCAUCUCAAUCAGCUGUUGUUUGCAAGGCACAUUUUACUGAAAAAGACUACGUGCAGGAAACUAUUCAUGGGCACAAACCCACCAUACAGAGACUUAAGUCUACUGCCAAUCCCAGCCUAUUUUCCUGGACCAAGCAAGAGACUGAAUCGUCCGCAAAAAGAAAAAUCAGGGCAGUUUCCUGUGAAAACAAAAGAACUAAACUUGAUGAAUAUUGUAGCAGAAAUCUAGAGGAAAGUUUUGAUUGUAAAGUUGGUUUUCCUGAAGAAGGAAUUCAUACUGCAGACAGGAUUUAUGACUGUCCACCACCAACUGCCGAGCUAAUGUUGAGCUUCACAGAUGGAAGUACGCAAACACCAUCAAUGCCUAUAUUUUCAGCAGAGAAUUUUGAAAUGAAGACACGUGACACAGCCAUGCAUUUUUAUACCGGUUUAGAGUUGUAUACUAAAUUUUUAUUUGUUUUGACCACACUUGGUCCAACAGCACAUUGUUUGAGAUACAUAUAUUUUCAAAUUGAUAGGGUGUCAUUUGAAAAUCAGUUUUUUUAUGACUUUGAUGAAAUUGAUGCAUUAUACAACCAACUUUGAACUGUCUAGAUUCUAGAUUGAAACUAGUGUUAAGAAUAUUGUGUAAACAUGGAUUGUUUUUAUGUCUAAACAGUGGCGUGAGGCUAACACUUGGCCAUUUAGUGGUUUAGUCAGGUAUUUUUCGCCAUCCAACUUAGAAUUAAAGUUUCCUACAACUUGGAUUAUUAUUGACAGCACAGAAUAUCCCGUGAUAAAACCUAAAGCUCCUAGAGCUCAGGCAACCUUUCAUCAUAUAAAAACAGAAACACUGAAAAUACUUGUAUGUUCGACACCUGGUGGUUUAGUCAACUAUGUCUCUAAUGCAUAUGUUGGUUGUACCAGUGACUGUGAAAUAGUUGAAAGAUGUAGAAUAGUUCAAUUAUGUGAUCCAGGUGACAGUGUGAUGGCAGACAAAAGUUUAAAUGUGCAAGAUUUGUUUGCUCACUUUUUUCAAAAAAAGAAACAGAAUUAGUUCCAAAACUCUUAUACGGGAUAGAAAAGUCUCCAAUUAACACAUGCACAUAGAGCUAAUUAUUGGACUUGGCAAAACAUACAAAAUUCUAAUAAAUCCUAUGAAUGGAACUGAAACAAAACUUUCAUCUGAAAUAACAUUUAGUUGUUAUAUGUUGUGUAAUUUUAGAACUUGUAUUGUGCCAAAGGAUGCAUAAAUAAAAGUGAUGCAAUGAA